UCACAACAACCCUGUGAGUUGACAUCUGAAUGACUGAACUGCAGUGAACAAGAAUGGGAUCCUUCAUUCCUGUGGGGCCUCUGAGCUGAACAUUGGGAUUAUCUGCAACAUCCUUCCAAACUAUUUAUACCUAGUAGAGAGUCCUGAUCUCGGAGUCCUUAUGAACUCAUCACUGCCGCUCUCCACUCCACCUCAGAACGGAACUUCUGGGCCAGAGAGCAGCACCGUUCAGAAACAGAGGAGAGAACUCCAGCUGUUAAUUGCGGAGCUGAAAGAUCGUGACAAGGAGCUCAACGCGAUGGUCGCUGUGCAUCAGAAGCAGCUGCUGGCGUGGGAGGACGACCGCCAGAAAAUACUGACGCUGGCGGAACGGUGCAGCAGUUUGGAGAAUGAGCUGCACAAGAGAAAUGAAAUGAUAACAGCCCUGACCAGAAGGUUGAAGCUCCUUGAAACUCAGCAAAACGACCGCAAGGUGACCCUGGAGACGACUCAGCAGAAACUGCAAGAGCUCUCUCGGAAAGCAUCUGACACCACGUCCCACUGCCAGGCCCUGGAGGAGAAAAACCAAGUCCUCAGUUGCUCGGUGAUGGAACUGUCUAAUAAAGUCGGGCAGCUGCAAGCCAGAGAACAGGAGCUGCUCACGAUGUUGAAGCUGAAGGAUAAUGAUAUACUUGAAGCGAGCAACCACAUUAGUGAAUUUACAUGUAAGUUUAAAAAGCUAGAAAAUGCCCUUCGUGCAGCAAAGAUGGAGGAAUCGAGCAUCAGCAGGGAGAAACGGGAUUUCAAGCUGAGGCUGAAGGAACUUAUGCUGGAAACAAACAAAUUAAAAGGUGAUCUCAGUGAAAAAACCAAAGAAAGCAAUGAGCAGCGGGAGGAAAUCAUACGCCUCAAACAAGAAAAUGGUUAUUUGAAUAACGAAUUGAUGCUUAGUGCUGAGAGAGCCAACAGAAAAGACCAGCUCCUUCAGUCUGCGAAAUCCAAGCAACUACGGACUGACAUGGAACUGAGCAAUUUGCGUCAGGUCUACGUGAAACAGCAGCGGGACCUGCAGUUUCUGCAUUUCAACUUGGAGAGUUCACAGGAAAUGAAGCAGAAGCCCAAGAUGGAGGCGCACGAGGCGAGCAGAGGGAUGGUUUUGUCCGAUCUCGAGAGUAGCAGCGACCGAGACACAGUCUGUAGCGAGAUCAGCCGGAAGAUUCACACCCGGUUCGUGUGCCUUCCCGGUGGUGGGCGGAAAGAGGUCUGCCGAGCGUGCCGAGCCGAGAGCGGGCAGCUGAUGGGGUCGACUGGCUCCGAUCAGUUCCCGGAAGGGCUGCUUCACGGGCCGACCCCCCUGCCUAGGGACGAGUCGAGGCCGAGCGGCUCCCUGAGUCCUGGGGAGGCCAGCAGCCGGCCAGCCUCCCGGGCGGAGGGCGCGUGGAAGACCGGCGCCAGGGAAGCGGCUCGGGCCCCGGGGCUGAACCACGCCACCUCGUUACCGAUCCACGAGCACUGGUUCCCGCUGGACCCCUCAAACUGCCGGAGCUCGGGGCCUGGGCACUGCGGCAACCCCGGCGGGGACUGUGGCGAGACGGAGACUGCCGCCGCCGCCGCCGCCGCCAUGGCUGCGAUUCCCAACGAGCCUCCCAGCCCGGCCGGAGCGCCGGAAGCGGGCUGCUGCUCCCGCAGCUCCCUGGGCAGAGGCGCGCUGUACCAGUCCGUAAGCGACCGGGAGUGGAUGCGGAUUUUCAAGCCCGUCAAAGGAGGAGGCGGCGCACGCUGCGGAGCGUCCCCCAGCACUCCCCCGGCUGCUCAGGGGAUGCAAAGGGCCACGUCGAAAAGUGGCCACAACACGGACGCCCUGAAUUUUUUGGACCUGGAUGCUCCAUGCUUGACAUCGACACAAAGGACAAGCGGGCCCAGAAGACACGAGGCGUUCUUCCACGCGGCGCUGCCUUCAGAGUUGGUGGGCUUGACAGACGCCCAGGCAGCCGGCGGGUGUGGCCACCCCACUGUCCACUCCCACGAUUCCUGCUCGCCCACCACUAAGCUGCAGCGGCUGCUGGCAGAGUCCCGACAGAUGGUUGCAGACCUGGAACUCAGCGACCUGCUUGGCGCCAGCCCCGCCGGCAGCCCCAGCGGCAGCCUUCACAUGGCCAUGGCGUGUGCGGAAUCCCUGGGCCGAGGGAGGUUGCCAGCUGCCGAGGAAGGCGAGACGAAGCUUUCUCUCUUCUCCUUGUGACCUCAGCUGUGCCGUAUGCUUUCCUCAUGAGAGCAGAGAAAACAUCCCCCUGUUGUUAAGCGCACGUCCCUUGAAGACACAAGAUCAUCGCUGUGGUGCGUGAAGGGUCACCCGGCAUUCACCUGCGGCGUGUAGAAAACACUUGAGAACCUCAGAAGUGCCAGAGACCUGGGACUGAAUGAUGGGAUUAAUUCCCUAAUUAUUUUUUUAUUAUUUUUUAAAGAAACAAACUCGAUUAUGCUAAAAAGAAUAAAAAAGCUUUAUGGUAGAUCUAUUCCCAGAUUUACUGCUAGUCUAUUUUUGGAAAGUUAUUUAAUUGGCUCAUUCAAAAGUAAUUUUUAAAAAUAAUUUAGGAAUAUAUUUUCUUGGCGAUUCUCUGCGUUUGUACAUCAGAUACGACGUACAAAUGUUUUGUAUUUAAGUGUUCAUUUUUAUUCAGUGUAUUAUUUUUUUUAUUGCUGGAGCCAUUUUUUCCUUAUAUUAUUUAUGAAGUAAUUCUGAUUGGUAUAGUAAGAGGGGAACAUCCUAC